AUGGCGCAGAAAACGAUCUACUUUGGCCGCUUCAUCUCGACGCCACAGCCAGUUGAACUUCUGAUCCGGGUCGGCGCAGUGCUCGUGGACAGAAAUGACGGAAAAGGUGUGAUCGAGAAGGCGGAUUGGACAGUCCGUGAUCCCAAGGACGCCAUCAGCAAGUUUGGAGUCGAUGCGCCUGUUAUCACGACGAAGGAGAAUGGAUUCUUUUUUCCGGGUUUCAUUGACAGCCAUAUUCACGCAUCGCAAUACCCGAACGUCGGCAUCUUUGGCAAAUCGACACUUCUGGACUGGCUCACAACAUAUACAUUCCCUCUGGAAUCGUCUUUGGGCAAUCCCAAGUCACCAAUGUACAAGGAUGCCGUUGAGCCUCCGAAUCCGCUCGCUCGAGCAAAUGCAGUCUACAACAGAGUAGUCUCCCGGACACUUGCGAACGGCACCACGACAGCAUCCUACUACGCCACCAUCCACGUAGAUGCCACUAAUCUGUUGGCCGACGUGGCUUUCGCCAAAGGACAGAGAGCAUAUAUCGGACGAGUGUGCAUGGACCAGCCCGAGACCUGCCCCGACUAUUACCGAGACGAAAGUACCGAGGAAACGAUAGCAAAAACCAAAGCCAGCAUCGAACACUGCAAGUCACUGGACCCCUCGGGAGAACUGCUGGCACACAUCAUUACCCCGAGAUUCGCUCCCAGCUGUCUUCCCGAGACACUAUCACGGCUAGGCGCCCUGGCACAAGAACAAGACCUUCGAGUGCAGACGCAUAUCUCGGAAAAUCUGAACGAAGUCAAGCUGGUCAAGCAAAUGUUCCCGGACCAGGCCACCUACACAGAUGUCUAUGACCAUCAUGGACUGCUGACGCCGCGCACGAUCCUAGCCCACGCCGUUCACCUCAGCAAAGACGAGAUGAAGCUCAUCAAAGAGAAGAAGACCAAGAUUAGCCAUUGCCCUGCGAGCAACAGCGCCUUGGGGAGUGGAUUCUGUCCGGUACGCGUUAUGCUGGACGAGGGGCUCGAGGUCGGACUGGGGACGGACGUCAGCGGCGGAUACAGCACAAGCAUCCUCGAUGCGGUCAGAAAUGCCUGCAUGGUCAGUCGCCACGUCGGUUACGUUAAUGGCGGUGACAGCCGAUAUAACCUGGGGGUGGCAGAGGGUCUUUGGCUGGCCACGGUGGGCGGCGCCAAGGUGGUUGGCAUGGAAGGACGUCUAGGUGGGUUUGAAGAAGGAAUGUUGUGGGAUGUUCAAGAAAUCGUCCUGGGAGAUGUCGACUCCAGAGGCGAGGGCGACAACACUGAGGUCGACAUUUUCGGGUGGGAGACUUGGGAGAACCGGGUGGACAAAUGGGUGUGGAAUGGAGAUGACAGGAACGUUCGACGGGUGUGGGUUGGGGGGAGAUUGGUUCAUGAGAGACGGUGA